CGACACGAAUCGGACAUCUCUGAUCAUACGAGGUGCGGCGCUUCAACUUCAAAUAGGUGUCAAAACAGUGUCACCCCCCAUCUCACACCUGCAAGAGAAUUUGUAGUGAUAGACUUGGGCAUUUUCAUUUCUUUCCACAGUUGAAACAUUUACUUUCAGUCUGCACUUUAGGAUAUAAUAGGAAGCGGUAACCGCGGAUUUCACUUUUGCGCUCAGACUGUUCUUCCUGUCGCUCUCAGUAGGCUAUGGCUUCAACAACCUGCACCAGGUUUACCGACGAAUAUCAGCUGUAUGAAGAACUUGGAAAAUCAGCCUUUACAGUGAAAAGAUGUAUGAAAAUCUCUACUGGUCAGGAAUAUGCUGCCAAAAUCAUCAACACCAAAAAGCUGUCUGCCAGAGAUCACCAAAAACUGGAAAGAGAGGCCCGAAUUUGUCGUCUACUCAAGCAUCCCAACAUUGUGAGGCUCCAUGAAAGCAUAUCAGAGGAGGGUGUUCACUACCUCAUCUUUGAUUUAGUCACAGGAGGGGAGCUGUUUGAAGAUAUUGUUGCCAGAGAGUACUACAGUGAGGCCGAUGCCAGUCAUUGCAUUCAGCAGAUCCUUGAGGCUGUUCUCCACUGCCACCAGAUGGGAGUGGUCCAUCGUGACCUGAAGCCAGAGAAUCUUCUCUUGGCCAGCAAGCUGAAGGGCGCAGCAGUGAAACUGGCUGAUUUUGGGCUGGCUAUUGAGGUGCAGGGAGACCAACAAGCAUGGUUUGGGUUUGCUGGAACUCCGGGUUAUCUUUCUCCUGAGGUGCUCAGAAAGGAGCCUUAUGGCAAACCAGUGGACAUGUGGGCGUGUGGUGUUAUUCUGUACAUCCUUCUUGUGGGUUACCCUCCUUUCUGGGAUGAAGACCAACAUCGACUUUACCAGCAGAUCAAAGCUGGUGCAUAUGAUUUUCCUUCUCCUGAGUGGGAUACAGUGACACCAGAGGCCAAAGAUCUGAUCAACAAGAUGCUGACUAUAAACCCUGCCAAACGCAUCACAGCAGCUGAGGCCCUCAAACACCCCUGGAUCUGUCAACGUUCCACAGUGGCAUCCAUGAUGCACAGACAGGAGACAGUGGAAUGCCUGAAGAAAUUCAAUGCCAGGAGGAAGCUUAAAGGUGCUAUCCUUACUACAAUGCUUGCUACACGGAACUUCUCAAGCAAGAAUCCAUACAAGAAGCCUGAUGGUGUUAAGAUCAACAACAAAACCAAUGUAAUCACCAGCCCUAAAGAAUCUGCCCCCUCUCCUGCUCUGGAGCCUCAAACUACUGUUAUCCACAAUCCCACUGAUGGAAACAAGGAAUCAUCAGAGAGUGCCAACACUACUAUUGAAGAUGAAGACAUUAAAGCACGGAAACAGGAGAUAAUUAAAGUCACAGAGCUGCUGAUCGAAGCCAUUAACAAUGGAGAUUUUGAAGCUUACACGAAAAUUUCUGACCCUGGACUGACAUCUUUUGAACCUGAAGCAUUGGGAAACCUAGUGGAGGGGACAGAUUUCCACAGGUUCUACUUUGAAAACUCUCUCUCCAAAGGUCACAAACCCAUCCACACCAUCUUGCUGAACCCUCAUGUACACCUAAUUGGUGAGGAUGCUGCAUGCAUCGCUUAUAUAAGGCUCACCCAAUACAUGGAUGUCAACAAUAUGCCUCGUACUAUGCAGUCUGAAGAAACCCGUGUCUGGCAUCGUCGUGAUGGCAAAUGGCAGAACAUCCACUUCCAUCGGUCUGGCUCACCAACUGUGCCCACCAAGUGAGAUAAUAAGGGUUCCAGAGCACAGCCUUUCCUGUCAACUGAGCUUCAAUUCAACCAUGAUCUUCAUAGUUUGCUCUACUGUACCAGAGUCUUGUUUACAUUUACUGUUGGACUUAUAGAAUAUAGAAGGUUGAAUAAUCGUUUCAGAUCAGGAUGUGGUGUGUGUGUAUGUGAGUACAUUUAUAUGUAUUGAGUAUGGUGUUUACACACUAUACUCAUUUAUGUGAAAGGCAUGUUCUUACUUAGUACUUUAAUCUUUUAAGGGUUACAUUUUUGUAUAACAAAUUAUAUGGAGCCAUUUGUUAGUAAUCUGUGGUGUUUGGGUACAGGGGUACUGUAUAUCAGAAAAUAAUUAAUCAAGUUUUUAAAAAAAUUUAAUUUGUGAUUACAUUUUUAAUGACAGAUCCAAGAUUUACUUAUUUCUUAAAAUGACAGAUAUAUGAGCUUGCUAAUGGUUUUCAGUGAUGUACAUUAUGUGAAGUGCUAUUUCUGCUUUACACUUUGGAGUAUUAAUAGUUUGUUAGCACACAUAGGACAUAUUGUGCUAUUUUCUUGGAUAAUCCAAAAUUGUGAGAGGGGAAACUUUAGAGAUUUAUUAUUAUUAUUAUAAUUAUUAUUUUUUUUUUGGCCAUGAAUUGUCAUACAGUUAUCAUACAUCUGAAUAUAUGAAAAAAAUAAUGUAUCUCACACUUCACUAUACCAGAUAUGCUUAUAUGCUCGUUCUGUUAAAAAACUUAAUUGGCUAGCAACAUCAGAUAAGUUUUUUCUUGCUUUUCAAUGAAUUGUGAGACUUUUUUUUUUUUUUGGUAACUUAAUCGUGUACAUUUUCAAAUGUGUCUGCGUCUCACUGUAAAUUGUGGUACUCCUUGAGGGAAAUCUAACAGGUUGCAUUCUCAUUUUUAUCUUUUAUGAAUAAUGCACGACAUUUCAUUCUUAGUCAUCUCUCAUACAGAUCCAAAAUAUUUCUGACCAUUUCUUAUAUGAGUCUCUCUCCUGACAGACAAACCUUGACUGAAGAGCUCAUGGGUAAUGGUCAAGUAGAAUAAAUUCAUCAAAGUCAAUGUUCUGUACACAUAAUUUGGUUGCUCUUUAUUUUAAAGUACGUGUACUUACAUGUACUUGCAAUGUACAGUGUACCUACAUAAGAAAGUUCUGGUAAUAUAAGGUAACUACAUGGGGUAGGAUUAGGUUUAGGGGUAGGUUCAGGGUUAGUACCUAGUUAUUGUAAUUACUAUAAGUACAAAGUAUGUACAUGAGAAACAGGACUGUAAAAUAAAGUGCUACCCAUAAUUGGCUACACACAAUUACUUGCUAAAAACGAUACAUAUCUGAAAACAUGGUGAUGCCACAAUGUACUAUUAAAACAGGCAGACUGUUUGUUAGAUACAAUUUAGAUUCUUCUAACUCCAGUUCAUUAUGAUAAUAUCAUAAGUCACAGUACAACAUUAUAGAAUAAGGAUGUUACCA